AUGCGCUUCUUGUUCACUGUCGCUGUUGGCUUGUGUCUUGCCGCCACGGCUUUGGCCGCCGCUGUCGAUACGAGCAACGAGACGAAUGACAUUCUAGCGGCAAGUGCUACUGAUUCAGAUGCCGCUGGGUUCGUUGGUACGAGAGACCGGACGCUGAAGGAGCAGAAGGCGAAGAAACACAAGCACGAGAAGUCAAAGUGGAAGAAAGAAGACAGUGAUGAUCGCACGAGGGUCAUACAGCGCGUGCCGCUGUGACAGGCCGUCUCGUCGAGUGCAGGUGGAAUCUUUGAUAACAAGGCAUUGGGAUGUGAAUGUACCGUGAGAGAUUUGACGAGGAG